UCACAUUAUGGGCGGGGUCGACAGCGUGGGUUCAAAUACGCGGGCGGAGUCAAGCUGGUUCAAAAACAGAUUCUGGACUCUGAAGUAGUUGUUGACGAGCUUUUCGUCUCUUACAUCCUCCGAAGACAUGGAGGAAUGAUUUUGUGCAUAUUUAUGCAGUGGACGCCAAUGACAGAAGCUGUGUUUCCUUUUGCAAAGGCAUUACUUCAAUUGGAAAAGUUUUCAAAUCAGCCAUGAAACCUCCUGGUGAAGAAGAGAGUCAGCGUCUGGGCACUUUGCUGCUCAACACCCUGGCGAGAGAAAUGCGUCUUUGGAGGGCUCCUGUCCUGAAGAACGGUUGCAUUCAGGGUUCAGAUAUCAGCCCUCCUCAGUACCAUGAGGUGAUUGUGUGGUUGCGAGAAAUGAGCAGCACAUUCAAGUUUUCCUCGGAGACGUUUGCUUUGGGAGUCUGUGUUCUCAACAGCCUGCUUGCAACAGUCAAAACUCGGUUGAAAUAUCUCAAAUGCAUGGCCAUCACGUCUCUGAUCCUCGCUGCAAAAAUCAAUGAGGAGAAUGAGGUGAUUGCAUCGGUUAAAGACUUGCUGGAGCAAAGCAGAUGCAAAUUCUCAACAGCUGAGAUUCUUCGCAUGGAGCGAGUCAUAUUAAACAAGCUGCACUGGGACCUUUACAUCGCUACGCCCAUGGAUUUCAUUCACAUCUUCCAUGGCCUGUUGAUGUCCAGGCAUCCCCAGCUGGUGUGGGCCGGCUCUCAGAACAGGCCCUGCCUCCAGGCAUCGUUGUGGACCAGGCAGGUGCAGCACUGUAUGGCCUGCCACCAGCUCUGGCAGUUCAAGGGCUCCAUAUUGGCUUUGGCCAUCAUCACUUUGGAGUUGGAGAGACUGACGCCUGAUUGGUUCUCUGUUUUUACCGACCUGCUGAGGAAAGCACAGAUCGAAAGCACAGAGUUCAUCUGCUGUAAGGAGAUGGUGGACGAGUACCUGACCAGCCUCCAGCUCUCCUUACCCACAAACGCCGUGUACAUUUUAGAUGCCACCAGCAUGCUGGCGUUCAGAGGACAUGACAUGCAGGAUGGGGAUGAUGGAGACGGGAACACAAAGACCGCCGUCCGGACCAAACAAGCACAGAAAGCGGACGGGGACCAAGACAUGGAUGACUUCUAUGAUGGUCUCUGGUGCCUUUAUAAUGAGGAAACGCCAAUGAAAACAGGAAGACAUGGACUGGAGGAUAUGACCUCGCCCUGUCCUCCUCUACAGCCCUCCUCCAGUCAAUAAGCUAACGUGAUUCUGUGAUAAUUGGAAGCGGAUCAACGACGCCCAAUGCACUUUUCUGUUCCUUUUAUGAAACCUUUAUGCAGCACUUUGAUCAUAUUUGAGAUUUCUUUACAUUCUUUUAUUUUUGUACUUUGUUUUAUAUUUGUGUAUCUUCAGAAGUAGAAUUGCGGUGCUUAAACGGAAAUCUUUUUGUUGGCCAAUUGGUUAUUCCGUAAUGAAGUUGUGCUUUAUGGUAUUUAUGUCGAUAUUGAGAAAAGGUUUUUGGCAUUUCAUAUUUUUCAAAGAAUCCCUUGCAGGAUUAAUGUGAAGAGGAAAAAACAUUCUACUCAGAUGUUAGGUUUUUUUCUUUCUCUCGUUUUUAUCUAAAAACACCUCCUCCCAACCCUUUUAAAGGCAGCUACAGAUACCAAAUUCCUGUUCCUCUUAAAUGAAACAAGGAAAUUUUCUUUUCUAAAUGGGACUCUACAACUUAUUUUGUAAAAACAGCAGCUUUUUAUGUUGCUUGGAAAACGGUGUCCUAUGCAAUAAAAAACAGAUUUACACUA